GUGCUGCCUGGUCGGGCCUGGAAAUGGGAUGUCGCGCCUCUGCGGGGAGGACGCGAGGGCCGCCCUGAGCCGCUGCUGCUACGGCCAGUGAGCACGCCCCCGGACGAUGUCCACCACGGCGACGGCUGCCCCCGCGGGGAUGCCGGUGGCCCCGGGCCCCGUGAACCCGCCCCCGCCCGAGGUCGCCAACCCCGCCAAGCCCGGCCGCAAGACCAACCAGCUGCAGUACAUGCAGAACGUGGUGGUGAAGACGCUGUGGAAGCACCAGUUCGCCUGGCCCUUCUACCAGCCCGUGGACGCCAUCAAGCUGAACCUGCCCGAUUAUCAUAAAAUAAUAAAAAACCCGAUGGACAUGGGGACUAUCAAGAAGAGACUAGAAAACAAUUACUAUUGGAGUGCAAGCGAGUGUAUGCAGGACUUCAACACCAUGUUUACAAAUUGUUACAUUUACAACAAGCCCACAGAUGACAUAGUGCUAAUGGCCCAAGCCUUAGAGAAAAUUUUUCUGCAGAAAGUGGCCCAGAUGCCCCAGGAGGAAGUUGAAUUAUUGCCCCCCGCUCCGAAGGGCAAAGGCCGGAAACCGGCUGCAGGAGCCCAGAGUGCAGGUUCGCAGCAAGUGGCGGCCGUGUCCUCUGUCUCCCCGGCGACCCCCUUUCAGAGCGUCCCCCCCACUGUCUCCCAGACGCCCGUCAUUGCUGCCACCCCCGUGCCAACUAUCACCGCAAACAUCACGUCGGUCCCUGUCCCCCCAACUGCUGCCCCACCGCCUCCAGCGACGCCCAUCAUCCCCGUGGUCCCUCCCACACCUCCCGUCAUCAAGAAAAAGGGCGUGAAGCGGAAAGCAGACACGACCACGCCCACGACGUCCGCUAUCACCGCCAGCCGGAGCGAGUCGCCCCCGCCGCUGUCAGACCCCAAGCAGGCCAAGGUGGUGGCCCGGCGGGAGAGUGGCGGCCGGCCCAUCAAGCCGCCCCGGAAGGACCUGGAGGACGGCGAGGUGCCCCAGCACGCGGGCAAGAAGGGGCGGCUGUCGGAGCACCUGCGGCACUGCGACAGCAUCCUCAAGGAGCUGCUGUCCAAGAAGCACGCGGCCUACGCCUGGCCCUUCUACAAGCCCGUGGACGCCGAGGCGCUGGAGCUGCACGACUACCACGACAUCAUCAAGCACCCGAUGGACCUCAGCACCGUGAAGAAGAAGAUGGACAGCCGCGAGUACCCGGACGCACAGGGCUUUGCGGCCGACAUCCGGUUAAUGUUCUCCAACUGUUACAAGUACAACCCGCCCGACCACGAGGUGGUGGCCAUGGCCAGGAAGCUGCAGGACGUGUUUGAGAUGCGGUUUGCCAAGAUGCCGGACGAGCCGGCAGAGGCGCCCGCGCUGCCGGCCCCCGCAGCCCCGGUGGUGAGCAAGGGCACGGAGAGCAGCCGCAGCAGCGAGGAGAGCUCCUCCGACUCGGCCAGCUCGGACUCGGAGGAGGAGCGGGCCACGCGGCUGGCGGAGCUGCAGGAGCAGCUGAAGGCCGUGCACGAGCAGCUGGCCGCCCUGUCUCAGGCCCCCGUGAACAAGCCAAAGAGGAAGAAGGAGAAGAAGGAGAAGGAGAAGAGGAAAAAGGACAAGGACAAGGAGCGGCACAAGGCCAGGUCCGAGGACGAGAAGAAGGCCAAGGCCGCCCCUCCCUCCAAGCAGGCCCAGCAGAAGAAGCCUCCCACCAAGAAGGCCAACAGCACGACCGUGGCCAGCAGACAGCCGAAGAAGGGCGGCAAGCAGGCGUCGGCCUCCUACGACUCGGAGGAGGAGGAGGAGGGCCUGCCCAUGAGCUACGACGAGAAGCGCCAGCUGAGCCUGGACAUCAACCGGCUGCCGGGGGAGAAGCUGGGCCGCGUGGUGCACAUCAUCCAGUCGCGGGAGCCCUCGCUCCGGGACUCCAACCCCGACGAGAUCGAGAUCGACUUCGAGACCCUGAAGCCCACCACGCUGCGGGAGCUGGAGCGAUAUGUCAAGUCGUGUUUACAGAAGAAGCAGAGGAAGCCGCUCUCCGCCAGCGGGAAGAAGCAGGCAGCCAAGUCGAAGGAGGAGUUAGCUCAGGAAAAGAAGAAGGAGCUGGAGAAGCGGCUGCAGGACGUCAGCGGGCAGCUGAGCAGGAAGCCCGCCAAGAAAGAGAAAUCGGGCGCCGCGCUCCCCGGAGGGCCCUCCCGGCUCAGCAGCAGCAGCUCCUCGGAGUCGGCGAGCAGCAGCUCCAGCGGGUCCAGCUCGGACAGCAGCGACUCGGAGUGAGGCGGCCGGGCCUGGCCACUCAGCCCGCGGCCGCCGCCCUUGGCCACGCCGACCUCCGCAGUGCCCCCUCCUACAGUCAAUAUACUCCUUCCGUUCACGCUGUGCAGGUCUCUCUGUCACCCAGUGUCCGGCCUCCGCCCUUGUCGCUUUCCUAGGUCAGAGGUCGUGGGUCCCGGACUACGAGACGGUGCGCGUCCGCAUCACGUCUCUUCUUUGCCACUGAGUCCGAGGGCUCGGAGGUGACAGCUGCAGACGCUGACCUGGUGGCCGCAGGAAAACGAGGACGAUGCAUCGGAGCGUCCGUCCCUGCAAAGCCCUGUCCCAGGCCCGCGCCGGUCCGGGAACCGCCUCCACGCAGUGUCUCCAAGGCCGUUCUGUGUUUGGAAGCUGUUGGCUUCGUCCCUUCCCCGCUGGUGUCCGAGGGCCGCCGCCUCCUGCAGGGGCCGAGGGCGGUUGGCCCGCGUGGGAAGUGGUGCUGGGCCAGGCGGGGUUCCUCGUGGCUCCGACUGAGUUUUGCCGGGGGUGGCGGUGGGAGGACGGCCAGGGGCGUGCGUGGAAGGGGCUGUGGAGGUUUUCUGACCUUUGCGAUGCCAGGAGCUCCCGGGUGUGGGUACAGAGGCUGCGUGUGCAGGUUUCAUACACUGAAACUUUUACCUCAACUUAAAAAAAAAAAAAAGAAAAGAUAAAAAAAAAAAGGAGACUUUUUUGUAAGGUUCAGCAAUUUUCUACGAAAGUCCCCCCCUAUGUGUGUCCCCACCUCGUCAGCGCUGCCGCGGCCGCACACUCCAGAACCGUCGUCCCACUCAUGUAUAUAUGAAUACUUUAUUUAUUAACACCAUUGGUCAUUUUUUUAAAAAAUAGAAAAGAAAAACAGAAAAGAAAUGCAUUAAAAAAAAAAAAAACAGCAGAGAUGCAGGCCUCCUGGCCUGCGGAGCCCAGGCGCUCCAGGUGCUAGUCCCUGCGGUGCUCCGCGCCCGCCCGCCCGGCGGUGGGGCCGCGCCCUGUGUGUGUGACGUCGGAGACGCGCCCGGCGCCCCCGCUGCAGCUCGCCCGUCCCCUCGGCUUGUGUAGUCGUUUUGUACUCUCCUGGUCUCCCUCGGACUGUUUUAAAAGAACCCGGUUUAGGGAACCCCAGCUAUAUAAUAUAAACUUUGUAAUCUGAGAGGGGGAAAAUGUAUAGUAAAUCUAAGUCUUGAUUUUUAACUUUGUAUUGUAAAGAAAAGAAUAAUAAUAUACAGAGUUUAACAGAAGGUUAUGUUCUGGUUUUGUGUUGCCCGGAGGCUCCCGGACGGCCUUUGAGCGCAGGGAUGCCCGCACCGCCGGCCUGGGUUCCGAGCGCCGUGGCUCCAGCCAGGAAUGCACGCUCGGCCUUCCCGCCCGGCCCCCCCCAGCCCUGGAUGCGGGCCCCUCACCUCCAGGCCUCCUGGGGAGGCACUGCGCCCCGCUGCCCCAUGCAGUCUUCCAGCCGCUCUCGGGGGUCAAAGAGCCUCCGGCUCCAGGAGGGCCCCCCACAGGACUACACAGGGCCCCCUGCUCAAGCCUUUUCCAUUCAGCAGAAAUGGCUGAGACGGGCGUCUCCCAGGCAGCCCCGGGGCGCUUCCCCCGUGGGUGCGGAGGUGCAGCCGUGGUGUGGUCUGUGCCGGUAUCGGUGGGGCUGGUCAGCAGUGCCCGAACAGGUGGCGACGGUAAAAACCGUGGCACGGUCCCGCCGCGUCAGCCCUCCUGGCCGUGGGUCCCCUCGUGGCCGUGGGCCCGCCGUGGCCCCGCGCUCCGCCGAGGGCGCGGGGGGGUGGAGUUCCAUUUCCCUGACUCCUGGGGACUCCGACACUUGGUGAGUUCUGGGCCAGCUUGUUAAACUUUUAAGUUUUGUUUAUAGGAAAUAUAUAAGUGGGUUUUAAAACUUGCCAUUUUUAAAGUUUCCCUAGUUUUUCGAAGUGUUUUCUAAACAGGCCUUUGGUGGCAUAUUUAACCUACGACUAAGGAACCAGUGCCCGAUGGGCGAGCAGGGUCUCACGUGAUGCCUGGGGGCUCCCGUGGAGCGCCAGCCCCACACGAGGGUGGGGAGCGAAGGGUCACCCGUGGGAGCCGCUAGCGGGAGAAGCGCCUGGCCCCAGAGUUGAGCGCGGAGGGAGCCGUCUGGGCGAGACAGCGGGUUCUCGGGCCUCCCCGGGCGCUGUCCCUGGCUCGUCGGUGCUGCAGUCCCUGCGGCUCUCUGUCCGGACUGCACAGCGGUCUCUCCCGUCUGGGCCCCUCCAGCCUCAGCUCACCUGCGGGUGUUGGUCAUGCCCCUCUGUGCUGGGGAGGCUGCAGGGGAGGGGGGCCUGCGUGCAUGGCCUGAGUCUGUCUAAGGGGAAGGACCUGCGUGUUAAGCUGGUCGGCCACGUGGAGGGAAUGGCUUUGCAAACACCCUCGUGAUUGACCUCGAGGGCCAAGGGCAGGCUGCACGCGUCCUGGGGCAGGACGGCUCCCUGCUCGCCACACACUGUAAGAUACGUCGCCUUUGCGUUUGGGUUUGUUCUUUUGCGGAUUCACGUCUUUUACAGUCGUUUGGGGAAAGCAGCCCCCGCGUGACGCUUCCCGUUUUCCUUUUUAUAUUUAAAACGUUGCUUUUCUGUAUGAUGUGCAUGCGAGUUUACCGUACCUUUUCUUAAACUUUUUAGUGCCGUUCCUAGUAUAUUCCUGUAAAUGUCAGUUACUGAAAACGAGUCCAUUGUACGUAGUUUUAGCUUGUUUGCUGCAAUGCUGGCCUCCACACACAGAAUAAAAUGGUAGCAAGUGCUCCGAUGUUUCUGGUAAUCAUGGACCCUUCUCCUGGGCGUUUGUUUUGUUUUCAUAAUAAAAGCAAAAAAAUAAAAAUAAAAAA